AUUUAGAACGAUUCCUUUCCCAGUUUCACACAGCUAUAACGUUGUAAAGCUGUUUACUAUCCUGACAUUUAAUAUUACGAUUUAAAUAAUCAAAAUUAUGGAUUCUCAAAUUGUUCAAGUUAUAGCGAAUGUGAUAAGUACGUUAACAGUUUUAUCAUGCUUAUUCCUAAAAGUACCUCAAAUAAUGCACAUGAAGAAGAAGAAAUCUGCAUCAGGGAUUUAUUUACAAGCAAUGCUUAUGGAGAUUACUGGGUUCACAAUAGUGACACUUUAUAACUACACAAAUCAGUACAGUGUUAUGACAUAUUUAGAAUAUCCCAUUAUACUGCUUCAAAUAUAUGUUAUGCUGUAUUAUGUGCUGAAGUUUAGAAGACUUUUGUCAGCACCAAUUGUACCCUUGGGAACAAUUAUUUAUGUUUGCACAAUAUUUGGCUUCGCGAUGGAGAUACUCCCAAAAGACAUACUUUCAUAUCUACUGCCUUUUUGUACUCCAUUGAGUGGUACUGCCAAGGUAACAUACAUUUACGGAAUAGUCAAAGCAGCCAAUGCAGAUGCAGUGUCAUUGACUACAUGGAUUAUUUCUGUAGUGACCAACAUGUCACGUCUCUUCACUGUGUAUGUUGACUCAGCAGAUAUGAAAUUAAUGUUUAAUUUCUUUGUAUCUACAAUGUUAAGUGCAGGAGUCUUAACCACAGCAAUGUACUAUCAAAUGUACGGAGGGAAAAAUAAAGGUCAAAGGCAACGAAGAAGUGCAUCUGCUGACAAACAUCACACAGACUAAGUUUAUAGUAAACUAUAUGUCUAGCUGAAACAUGAAAAGCAAUAAUAGGUGCCCUUACUGCAUGAUUUGAAUCCAAUCUCGUUUACUUUUUAGUUUCAAUUUUGUAUUGACCAAUAUGCCAUAUAAAGUAUAAGUCUUACAUGAGAAAAGAACAUGAGAUAUUAAUUAAUAGGCUAUAUAAUUAGGCAAUAUAAUCCUACUUGAUCACAUGAAUUUAUUUGCCAUAUUGUUUCUUGUCUUAGCAGUCUAGUCAAACGUCAAAUUUAAAGAAAUGAUUAAUGCUAAACAAUGAGCCUGUUUGGGUGAAGCACUAUUUUCGCACAAUACUUAUAAUCAAUGCCACAAGAUGUGAUAAUUAGUAGUAAUACUACAUGUAAUAUAAUAACACUGGCCAAAAAACAUAGUUAGGCCUAUGUUCUUUAGGGUGCUGAAAUCAUAUUUGAUUAGUUUUUUGUAAUCCACAAUUCUCUUACAAUAUGUGUGGCAUCAACUUAUGUUGUACUGCAAAAUGAAAGUUAAAAAAAAAAAAAUGUUUGUUGUAUAUUGGCUUAUAACAUUUAUUUUUAUUAAAUGAUAAAAUUAGUGAUAUUGGUGGGUGAUUUGACGAUUUACAUAAUGUUUUUUUAGUGAAAAAAAUUAGUUUAUAAAUAUAUUGUUCUGUUCAGCAUGGAUAAUUAGAGAGCCAUUAUUUUAGUUUUUUUAUAGUUGACCUGUGUUAUUUGUUUUGAUAUACACAUAUAAUUGGAUUUUAUAUUAUAUACCAUUAUAUGCUGACUAGUGUACGUACAAAGUAUGGUAAGAAAACAAUAUUGUUUGAGGGAGUGUAGCUAUAUAAUAAUCUACCAAAUCAUCUUCGAGAUUCGGAUAGAAUUAAUAUUUUUAAAUCAAAAUUAAAAGAACACGUAUGUACAAUGUAAUUGUAAAUAUUUCGAUUAGGCGUUCCAUAGGUAAAAUUGUUACAUCCUAUAGUAUAUUGAUUGUAUCUCAUUAAAAGUGAACGUUAUGUUUUUAUGAGAAAUAAAUUCUUUAAACCUA